AUGGCGGCCGUGGCGGCGCGGCGGCGGACGGGCGGCGGGGAGCGGCGGCGGCAGGGCAGCGCACGGAGGAACGCGGGCCCGCUGGAGGCGCGCGGCGGGCGGCUGUGGGCGGCGUGCUUCGUUUCCGCCGCUCUCGUCGCGGCCGCCGGCGGUCUCCUGGCGUGGAGCUCCCGGAGCGCUGAGGACGGCGUCGCCGAGGUGUUGGCCCGGCGCGGGGAGACGCUGCUCGACAAGUUCGUGGAGGUGCCGUGCUCCGGGGACUACGACGGCUACCGGAGGUUUGAAGGCACCUGGGGAAAAGACCCGGUCAGCCCUGGGAGCACAGGUGAAGGCAGUUCACAUGUGCAAUUGGAAGGGGUGGAGCCUGGCUGCACCUCUCUUAGACCUUAUUUGAGGGCUGACGCCCUGUGGGGGAAGGUUCUCUUUUCUGGAGAUCCAUCCUUAGUGAAGCUUCCCCCUGCAAACCUACAAUCUUCUGAUGUAGGGUGCACUCCCAGGAGGUGUGGAAGAGGUGUGAGCGAUGUGGUGAUCACCAGGGAGGAAGCAGAAAGAAUCCGUAGAGUAGCAGAGAGGGGACUGUCGUUGGGAGGAUCAGAUGGAGGGGCAUCAAUUUUGGACUUGCACUCUGGAGCUCUGUCACUAGGGAAGCAAUUUGUUAAUCUGUACAGGUACUUUGGGGACAAAAUUCAAGGCAUCUUCACAGAAGAGGAUUUUGCAUUAUACCGUGAUGUGAGACAGAGAAUUCAGCAGAAGAUUGCUCAGGCUUUUGGUAUCAGCUCUUCUUCCAUGUACCUGACUAAGCCAACGUUCUUCUCUAGAAUAAACAGCACAGAAGCCAAGACAACACAUGAUGAAUACUGGCACCCACACAUUGACAAGGUGACUUAUGGCUCUUUUGAUUAUACUUCACUGCUCUACCUCUCUGAUUAUGCUGAAGAUUUUGGCGGUGGACGGUUUGUGUUUAUGGAUGCAGGAUCCAACAAGACGAUAGAGCCCCAAGCAGGCCGGGUUUCCUUUUUCACCUCUGGAUCAGAGAAUCUGCAUCGGGUGGAAAAGGUCCACUGGGGCACUCGCUAUGCCAUCACCAUCUCCUUCACUUGCAACCCAGACCAUGGCAUUGGGGAUCCAGUCUUGAUGUAAUUCCUACAGGGGUGGAACGUGAGGUCAGAUGGAACAAGAGAAGCCCUGCGAGAGAAACAGAGAUAACUCUUACAGACUCUCAUUCAAUGAGAAUUUCCCAGAUGUAUUAAUAUAUUGUAAUACAUUUUAUUUCCACACGUCCUUUUCAGUACGUGCUGCAGACAGUGCCUUAAGGACCAUCUUAGAUUUGGUAUAUUCUGUAAAAGGUUUGUCUUCAUGUGGAAUCCUGUGGUUGGCUCUUUAUUUUUCUACUUAAUUAUUUUGAUUCUUCAAUGUAAAUGUUAUGAGCUACCUUUUGGACCAUUAUCUUGAUAUGACACUCUAUGCUGCUGUUAAAUCCUACAGUCACUUUCAUUACUAAUGAGAUUUAGGGAGUUUGACCAAAAUUAAUUCAGUAAGAUGAGUGCUAUUCUGGAAAUAUCUCCUCUUGAUAGGAAUGUAUUCUCCUUAGCACAUGCACUACACCUGUGGUUUGACUACUGGGCUUUACUUGAACUUUAAUUAAAUUACUACAGGCAUUUUCUGCUGCAAACAGGGACCAGUUAAUACAGUGUCAGAAAUACAGGCUUUUAGUUAGCCAGAAAGCACAUUGCUUUUGGAUUACAAAUGCAGUGGUGCACUAAGGAAUGGCACCACAGUGGAUUCCUCUGACCAGAAUGCAGCAUUCCCAAUGCACCUCACUUUGUCAGUGUCACCUUAAUGAAAAUGAUUAAUCUCCUGGUCAGAAAACACAUGCUGGGUUUAUGGGAGUGUGAGCAUCGAACUGUGUACAUCAAGUAUUAAAAGGAGAGAUGGACAGAGGUAGUCAGGCAGUCUGUAUUCAGCUGAGUGUUCAGCUGUUCAAAUUCCCAGCUAUGACUGUCGGAUUUGAGAGCAGCACAGGUGAGAAGAAAGUUGGCUUUGUGGUGGUUUUGCAUGUGCUUGUCUCUAUAGACUUGAUCCUGUAAACCCCGGUGUGCUGCUUGGACAGCUGGGUAAUGAAACCACAUGGAGCAGCUGUGCGUGGUAUGUGGGCUCUGAGGGAAGUUGGUGUCCACUUACAUCUUAAACUGAAAUGCUCUCGAGCUGGAACUCACUUGCAAAACAAUUUGAAACAUCUAUUUAUUGGGCCUAAAUUUAAUCUUAAGACCCAUUUUAAGAGAGCUCUUGACUUCUGUUCCUGCUGACACUGCUUAAGCAUCUUGUGUAGUGAGGUGCUGUGUUCAUCUUGUCUAAGAACAAUGUUUUAUCUGUUUCAGGAAGUUUAUGAAUAGCUUUUUUUGAUUUCUCUGUUUUGGUUUAGUAUGAAUACUUCUCUCAACCAGGAUCAUUAGUCUGUGGCAUUAUUAGAAUAAUGAAUUGCUCUCUGCAGGGAGAAAGGGAUGAUUGCACUGCAGCAUGGGUGAAAAACCAAAACAAUGAAUUGCAGCAAAAGGUUUCUGUGGGCCACCACGUUAAGUAAAUUGUGGGAAGAAAGUCUUUUUUUUCCUCAAAUUCUGAAGUAAACAUGUUGAUUUCAUUUAUUAAUAGCCUAUAUUUUCUAUGGAUGUGAAAAGCUGGGAUGUGCUUUAAUUUUUUUUAAUGCAUACCACUUCAUACAGUUUUCACUUUUUUACCUGCCGUUGUAUGGAAAUAAUAAGUGUUGGGCAGAUGAUGCUAAAGGUGUGUACAAAGAGAACAAUGACUGCACAGUUGUUCUGUGAGCAUUCCCUGCAUGCCAACAAGAUCAGUCUUCUCAAAUAUCGUUUCUUUGCUCUGAGACCUGAGAAGGGCUUCCUCGUCCUUCCCAGUCUCCAGGGAGUUGUUUCAGUGGCUGGGUGGUAGGGCAAUAAUGCCGUUAUUUGGAUUCUGUAUCUAAUGACUUGUGUCCAAGGCUGUUAAUCCAAAGCAAGUUGCAUCCCACUGAAGUUGUGUGUUUAUGUGAAGGCAGACUGAGAUCACCAGCAACAGCUUUUACCACUGCUACCAGAGAAAUCGAAAUAUCAAUGGACCUCUGUGGGUUUGGGUUUGAUUCUCCAGGUUGAGGAAUAAGAACUCUACCAUUUUUUCCCCCCGAGUUUAUUACUUUUGUCAUACAGGCCUUGAGUGGCACUAAAUGGAAGUGGCACAUUCAGAGCUGCCCUCUAUAAAGCACUGCUUAACAAGAACGUGUCAGGCCAUGGGGGAAAUCUCAGCUAAUCUCCUCUCAGAUUUUAAUCUUCUGAAGAUCCUGAACGUUGUAAUAUCUUCCAAACGUGGUGUGCUUCUCCCGUAAUGUGAACUGACUGACGUUCAGAAAUAAAAUCCAAUUGGUA